GCCCGUGGGAGCCGCGGGGACUCAGCCAGGUGGACGUCAGCCCGCGGGCGGGCGGCACAGGUGUUCGCGAUGGACGCACAAGGCUUGGAUUGGCUUUUGGUCCCGCUGCACCAGCUGGUUUCCUGGGGGGCGGCCGGGGCCAUGGUGUUCGGAGGGGUGGUGCCGUACAUCCCCCAGUACAGGGACAUCCGGAGGACUCAGAACGCCGAGGGCUUCUCUACCUACGUGUGUCUGGUGCUCCUGAUGGCCAAUAUUUUAAGGAUACUCUUCUGGUUUGGAAGGCAUUUCGAGUCCCCGCUUCUCUGGCAGAGCAUCGUCAUGAUCGUCACCAUGCUGCUGAUGUUGAAGCUGUGCACCGAAGUCCGUGUGGCCAACGAGCUCAAUGCCAGACGCCGCUGCUUUGCAGCCGCAGAUAAUAAGGACGAGGAAAUCAAAGUCCCCCCCAGACGGUCCUUUCUGGACUUCGACUCCCGCCACUUCUGGCACUGGAGCAGCUUUGCGGACUACCUGCAGUGUGUCCUGGCCUUCACGGGCGUCGCAGGCUACGUCACCUACCUGUCCAUCGACUCGGCCCUGUUCGUGGAGACCCUGGGCUUCCUGGCCGUGCUGACCGAGGCCAUGCUGGGCGUGCCGCAGCUGUACCGCAACCACCGCUACCAGUCCACGGAGGGCAUGAGCAUCAAGAUGGUGCUCAUGUGGACCAGCGGCGACACCUUCAAGACGGCGUACUUCCUGCUGAACGGCGCGCCGCUGCAGUUCUCCGUGUGCGGCCUGCUGCAGGUGCUGGUGGACCUGGCCAUCCUGGCGCAGGCCUACGCCUUCUCCCGCCACCCCCCGAAGCCCGCCCCCCACACGGUGCACCCCGUCAGUGCCAAGGCCCUUUGAGGCGGCCAGGAGGACGAGGACAUGUGACUGCUGGCUGCAAGUCUCGGCCGGCCACCUGCCCUCCCGGGUGGGCCUGGACGGUGGACAGCGGGGGCCUGGGGCCGUGUCUGCACUCACUCGCUGGGACGGUGCAGCGGGUGUCGCCCCACGGGUGGGGCUGCGGUGGUUCUCAAGGUGGUGGACAAGCAGGUGUCACUCCCAGAGAACCCGGAGAUGCUCCCAGGCCUGGGAACUCGUGGAGCAGGCCGUGCGGGACAGCCGUGCGGGCUUCCCCAUGGCUCCGCCCGGCGUGUCCUGGAUGCGCCCGGGAUGCUGCUGAGGGACGGCACUGGGAGAGCUGGGCCCCAGCACACGGGCCCGUGGUCAGGGCAGCGGAGAGUGGACGCCCCGCUGGACAGCAUGCGGCAAGGGCGCCCAGGGCAGGACGCGCUGGGCACAGGGCACCGCCUGGGUCCGGUGUCCACGUGGAAGGGGAGCCACACCAACCCACGUGAUGUGGGCCCUGGUCUAUCUGGCCCAAGUGGCCCUGCCCGGGCCCCCUCAGUGUGACCACCUCACAGUGCUCGGGACUCAGCCCUCGGCUCCGUAUGGGGCCCAGAGGCCUUGCUGCUGCACUGGCCUCCCGCAGAGGGCCAGGGACAAGCCCAUGUCUGUGCCAGCUGGGCACUGGCCAAAGCAAGCUCAGGGGAGUCUGAACCAAAGCCUGGAGUUCUCACGCGUCCUGGAGGGCACGGUGGGUGCGGGCGGCCCAUGUGGCUCCCUGGGCUCAGGGCAAGCGGGCUGCUGCGCGGCCUUUUCCGUUUCCCGGGAAGCGGGCACGUCUGCAGCUGGUGAUGCCGUGUCCCAGGACAGACGCGCUGAGCAGCCCCGCACCCACCGGGAGCCGGUGGGCCCGAAGUGACCUUCCAGGGCGGUGGGGUGGCCUGCACAGGCGUGUCUUCCCACCGUCUCCCGUCCACGUGUUCUCCAUGUUCCCGCAGGUGGCUGUGGGGGGCCGCUGUCUGCCACCGUCACCACCUCUCCCCCUUCCAGGGUCACACGGGCAUCUCAGCCGGGCCACCGCGCAGUCCCCGUGCUGCGGAGGCCGCGCCCCUCGGCGGGGGAGGGGCGAGUCUGUGCACCGCCCUGCGUCCCAAGCGCCCGAGGUCGGGGUGGCCGGGGAGGAGCUUUCGAGGGUGUUUCCUCCUCCCGACUUUGCCUCAAAAACUCCUGGAUAUUUGAGUGAGGAUCCUGCUUAGUCCUUUGGCCUGUAAGAUGCUUUGAAAACAUGUAUUUUAAAAAAAAAUGAAGGGAGAUGUCUGUAGCAGAAAUUGCCUCUAAAUUAAAGUGUCACUGUCUGCAGUGGUGACCGCAUGUGCCGUGUGUGGGAACACUCGGGGCUCUGUCCGCACAGCGACUGGGAACCAAUGAACUGCUCGAGGACCCAGCGUGGCCGUGUGAGGGGAGCCCGUAGGGCCAGGGCACACUGAGCGACCAGCCUGUGGUCUUGUUUUGCUUCAGGGGUCUCUGGGGAAGGUCCGGCCCAAGCACCAGCCUCUGCUCAGAAGUGUCCAUGUCCCCUGGGCUGGACUGACCCCCCCUGGGGCACAGCACUGGCCCCCAUCCUGAGACAGGCUCCCCUGGAACAGACGAGGGAGCUGGCAGGCCUGGCUGGUCGCCCUGG